UCCUCUUGUUUUGGUUUUUUUGCACGCAGAGUUCAAAGAAAGUGAAUUUCGAAGAUGUUUAUAUUUGUGGACUGAGUAAUUUUUUAAACUUUGAACCACUCAUGAUCGAUUCUGAAGAGGCAAAAUCCCAAAAAGAAGGCUCACCUUGAUGGUUUCUGCGUCACAUACGUGAGAGGAACUACGGACUACAAUUCUUCAGACUGCACCAUUUUUAAAGCAAGAUUGUCUCUGAAAUGGCUAAGAACGCUUAUCAUUGUCUUGUUCCCAGCUUACAGUCUCGUCAGCUUGGAAUCCUUUCUCCAAGGAAUUUUUCCAGGGACACUUCAGGUUCUUGUGGACUUGUGAAAAGACUUACGCUGCACGACAAACUUGAUCACCAUGAUGGAUGUGUGAAUACAUUACAUUUCAACAUGUCCGGAGACCUUUUAGCUUCUGGAAGUGAUGACUUAGAAAUCGUCAUAUGGGAUUGGGCUAAAGGCAAGAAAAAGAUAGCUUACCAAAGUGGACACUCGAGCAAUGUCUUUCAGGCCAAGUUUAUGCCAUACACUGGCGAUAGUACAGUAGUGAGCUGUGCAAGAGACGGGAAGGUACGUGUUGGUUUCCUCAACUCCUCAAGUGCUGUUUGCAAGAAUACCAAAUGUAUUGCACAGCACAAAGGAGCAGCGCACAAGCUUUGCAUAGAGCCAGGAUCACCAUGUGAAUUUCUGACAUGCGGAGAGGAUGGAGUUGUAUUCCAUGCUGAUCUCCGAGAAGACAAAGCUCAAAAGUGAGACAUUUAAGUUUAUAUAAUUAUAUGAAUUAAGUUCAGUUUUGUACCCUGAGUUGAGAAUGUUUGUCUGAUUAACUCAAGUGGUAGAGCACCAGACUGCUGUGCAGGAGGUCAAGGGUUCGAGCCCCAGGCCAGACCAACAAUCAGGGUUUUAAAAUAACUGAGGAGAAUGCGCUGCCUUUGCUAUGAUAUCUGCAAAUGGUUAGGCAUUUUUUAAGUCUUCUC